AUGCGAUGGAGUGUUUUGCUAUUGUCCCACUGGAAUGGCACUGAAUGGAUCCAUAUCCCUGCUUCUUCUUUCUUGCAAAUCUAUGCCCGACUUAGCUCUGAGGACUUAGCCAUCGCUAUGACCUACUUUGGUGAAGAGGAACCUAUUCACGUCUUUUCCUUAGCUGGACUCUCAACCCGGCCCUAUAAUGGCUCUAUUGCCCUUUUCUCUUCCGCAAAACGUAUCCAGGUUAAACUCAUCAACGCCGAGGCCGCUUUGGAUCUACACGCUAAGAUUCUCUACAUUCGGCGCACGCUCUAUUUGGCCCAAUUACUGCGGGAUAUCCGCACACAGCGCAAACGAAGGAGCAUCGGGUUCGCCGUUGACCCGUUUGUGGAGAAUUAG